UGAUGCUUCCCCGUUUGCGCAAUCGCCAUCCAACGGGCUUGGCUCCUGCUUGACCAGGCAUGGGGCUGCUCCGUCAUCCCCCCGCCUCUGGGCCUCCGUCCACGAAGUCAAGACAAGUUUUCCCAAAAAGCAGGCCUUGAGACUUGGGCUGCAAUUUAUCUUCCAUUUGUGUAGAAAGCCCGCCGUCCAGCCCAGAGCAUGACCGCCGGCCAAGUACCAGUACGAUGAUGUCGCUGCUCGCGCGACCAAGAGCGCCGCCGAGCGUCGCCACCCUCCGAGCCUCCCGGGGCCGCGUCCGCGGUCGGGUCCGGCUUCGACAUCCGGCCUUCGGCUACUCGACAUCAAGCUCCCUCCUCUCGAGCCCGCGCCGGACGAACGAUUUCACUUCCGGGUACACCAGCACAUACGAUCCGAACCAAGAAACCGGCCGUGGGCCCAUCUUCGACAAGCACACCUUCGGCGUCCCGCAGUUUUAUCCGCGCGACCUGAAGAGGCGGGUGGACGAUUACGUCGUCGGCCAGGAGCGCGCCAAGAAGAUCAUAUGUUCAGUCAUUUUCAACCAUUACCAGGGCUUGCGGCGGCGGCAGCACCACGAGCUGCAAGACCAGCGCUUGCGCGAGAAGCUGCAGCGGCAACAGUUCGCCCAGAACCAGCAGGCUCUUUAUGAGCGUGCCCCUCGGGAUCUCCCCCGGGAGACGGAAGAUGAAUUUCCGGGGCACCAUGAAUCUGUCCGAGGCGCUUACCCAGGCCCGGACAGCCCGGCCGACUUCCGCGCAGAUGACUUUUACAUCCCCGAGGACGCAUCCACGCCCGAACAUGUCAAGAUCGACAAGAGCAACCUGCUCCUCAUUGGACCUACUGGCGUGGGGAAGACGUACAUUCUCGAGACCCUGAGCAAAAAGCUCAACGUACCGUUCACCAUAAGCGACUGCAACUCGUUCACGCAAGCCGGGUACAUCGGACAGGACGUCGAGUCGUGCAUCGAACGGCUGCUCAUCGAGGCCAAUUAUGAUACCAAGGCGGCCCAGAACGGGAUCGUGGUGCUCGACGAGUUCGACAAGAUCGCGAAGCGCGACACGACGAACGGGAGAGACGUAGGAGGCGAAGGGGUACAGCAAGCGCUUUUGAAGCUUGUGGAAGGCACCAAGGUUACGAUCAACAUCAAGGACAACAGAUCAUCGCGCACGACACCGAACAACCCACCCGGCGGCUACGGGCCGACGACGCCGCCGUCGGCGCCCCCGUCUGGCAAGGUCGACCAGUAUAUCAUCGACACCUCGAACAUUCUCUUCGUCUUCUCGGGUGCGUUUGUCGGCCUGGAGAAGGUAGUGCUUCGGAGGGUCGCAAAGCCGUCGAUCGGGUUCGGCUCCGAAGUGCGCGGGCGCGAUUUCUCACUCUCUAGUGGGAAGGAUAUCCUUCCCCCGGAGAUGUACAACCAUCUUCCGCACCAACCGGCUUUCCCUGGCGGGUCGACCGGCGGCGGGUUCACGCCGCUGGAUUUAACCACGCCGGCCGACCUCCAAGCCUACGGCUUCAUCCCGGAGCUGAUCGGGCGGCUGCACAACAUCUGCGCGCUGACGCCGCUGUCUCUCGACGAGCUCUACCGCAUCCUGACGGAGCCCCGCAACAGCCUGGUGGCGCAGUACACGGCCCUGUUUGAGACGUACCCCAGCAAGCUGUUCUUCACGCGCCGGGCGUUGUACGCCAUCGCCCAGCGGGCGGCCAAGAACGAGACGGGCGCGCGCGGGCUCAAGAUGGAGAUGGAGCGCGUGCUGGCCGAGCCCAUGUUCGACGCGCCGAUGCCGUACGUGCUCAUCACCGAGGCGUGCGUCAACGGCACCGAGAAGGCGUGCUACUGGGGCAAGGACGGAAAGUUGGAGCUUGAACGGCGGAUCCUGGAGGAGGAUGGAGAUCCGAACGCGGGCGAGCAGGCCGACGUGACGCUUGAGCAGUUCCGCGAGGCGGGACUGAGCGGUGCUUGAGCGCCGAGAGAAGGGCUGGGUAUAUACGAUUUAUGCGGCAAAGGACAUUAUGACGAGGCGUUCGGUAGGGUAUGGGCAGGUACUCUGAGUUUGCUUUUUGGAUCCGGGACAUACAGUUGGGAG